GGGGAAACACUCGGGGGGAGCCAGUGACGUCGGGAGUUUUCCUGAAAGUCAAUAACGAGCCCGGCGGAGGCGGCGGGAGGAGCCGAGAGCGGGGCCCGGGCGGCUCCGGGGUGAGUGCGCCGGGGGGAGCCGCCGCCGCCGCCCUCCUGACCCCGCGCAUCGAUGCUGCGGCCGCGCUGCCCGCCCGGGCGCCUCCCUGCGUAGCGGGGCGCGCAGCUCCAUGUAGCCGCCGCCGCCGCCAGCGCCCUGGGGCCGGAGCCGCCUCCUCCCGCCCCCGCGGAGACACCGGCCGCCAGGGACCGCCGAGCCCGGCGGGGGGACAGGGGAGGAGGCAGCGGCGCCCUCCCUCCCCUUCUCCCCCCGGAGCCGCCGCCGCCCUCCGGCUCCGCAGCAGCGCCCGCGGCGCCGCCGCCUCUGCAGGCUGACUCAUCAGUAGAAAUUGGGAAGAGCUGCAGAAGAGAAGACAAACAGACAAGCUGAUAACUCAAAGAAAUACUCUUUUGAGUUGGGGGUUCAGAGUGGAGCCAUCAUGAGCGAUGUUACCAUUGUGAAGGAAGGCUGGGUUCAGAAGAGGGGAGAAUAUAUAAAAAACUGGCGGCCAAGAUAUUUCCUGCUAAAGACAGAUGGCUCUUUCAUAGGCUAUAAGGAAAAGCCCCAGGAUGUGGAUCUGCCAUAUCCACUCAAUAACUUUUCAGUGGCAAAAUGUCAGCUAAUGAAAACAGAGCGACCAAAGCCAAACACAUUCAUUAUCAGAUGUCUUCAGUGGACCACUGUCAUAGAGCGGACAUUCCACGUAGACACUCCAGAGGAACGGGAAGAAUGGACAGAAGCAAUCCAGGCUGUAGCAGACAGACUUCAAAGGCAAGAAGAGGAGAGGAUGAACUGUAGUCCAACUUCACAGAUAGACAAUAUAGGAGAAGAAGAGAUGGACGCUUCAACAACCCAUCAUAAAAGAAAGACAAUGAAUGAUUUUGACUAUUUAAAACUACUGGGCAAAGGCACGUUUGGUAAAGUUAUCCUGGUCCGAGAGAAGGCUAGUGGGAAAUACUAUGCUAUGAAGAUCUUGAAAAAAGAAGUCAUUAUUGCAAAGGAUGAAGUGGCUCAUACGCUUACAGAAAGCAGAGUAUUGAAAAACACCAGACACCCUUUUUUAACAUCCUUGAAAUAUUCCUUCCAGACAAAGGAUCGUUUGUGUUUUGUGAUGGAGUAUGUUAACGGAGGAGAGCUGUUUUUCCAUUUGUCGAGAGAGCGGGUGUUCUCAGAGGACCGCACACGCUUCUAUGGUGCAGAAAUUGUCUCUGCCCUGGACUAUCUGCAUUCUGGGAAGAUUGUGUACCGUGAUCUCAAGUUAGAAAAUCUAAUGUUGGAUAAAGAUGGACACAUAAAAAUUACAGAUUUUGGACUUUGCAAAGAAGGAAUCACAGAUGCAGCAACUAUGAAAACAUUCUGUGGUACUCCAGAAUACCUGGCGCCUGAGGUGUUGGAAGAUAAUGACUAUGGUCGUGCAGUGGACUGGUGGGGAUUAGGAGUUGUCAUGUAUGAAAUGAUGUGUGGAAGAUUACCGUUCUACAACCAAGAUCAUGAGAAACUAUUUGAACUGAUACUAAUGGAGGACAUAAAAUUUCCUCGAACUCUGUCUGCAGAUGCAAAAUCAUUACUAUCAGGCCUGUUGAUAAAGGAUCCAAAUAAGCGACUUGGUGGAGGCCCAGAUGAUGCAAAAGAAAUCAUGCGUCAUAGUUUCUUUGCUGGAGUAAACUGGCAAGAUGUGUAUGAUAAAAAGCUUGUACCUCCUUUUAAACCUCAAGUGACAUCUGAGACAGACACCAGGUAUUUUGAUGAAGAAUUUACAGCUCAGACGAUUACAAUAACACCGCCUGAAAAAUAUGACGAGGAUGGUAUGGACUGCAUGGACAAUGAGAGGCGGCCGCAUUUCCCCCAGUUUUCCUACUCUGCAAGUGGACGAGAAUAACUUUUUUGUUCUGCUGCUUCACUGUCAUCUUAGGUUUAUCACUGAAAAUGAUUCCUGAACAUCACCACCAGUACUAGAUGGUAUUUAAGAUAGCAGGGGCACUUUCAGAGACCAUUCCAAAUUGAACAAGUUUCUUUCCCAAACCUACCUAAGAUCCAUUUUGGUUUUGCAUGAAAUUUGAGAUUUUUUCUCUACUACGCUCUCCUGCUGUUGCUGCUGCCCACGGUCUCAGUAUAAAAGCAACGUCGAGAAGUUACUGACAGUUUCUUUGAAGGUAGAUGACUUGACUUCAGCAUUGUACACUUUGUGCACAAGUCGUCAUCUGUUUUUCCUCGCAGUGGAGGCUAAACAAAAAAACGCGUUGGUCCAGCUUAUCUUCAUCUAGAAGAUGAAUCAAAAUUGUAAUUAGUCUAAAAAAAGACUAGUCGAUAACAUUUUCUUGCAUCUGUUUGUGCUGGUUAGAACAAGGAAACAUGGGGUGGUGAUGUACAUAUGCAAGGUUUUUGUUAGGCAUAUCAUUACUUGAAGCAGGUCUCUGUCAUUAACAUCUGGCUGGAAUUUGUUUGGGAAACGUUUGAGAGAAGGACUUAAACUGUUGAUAUAUAUAAAUAUAUAUAUAUAUUAUUUUUUAAUUACUGUUGGAUACUACAGAAGAAGCAGAAGGGCUGGGCUCACCCAGCCUGCCACUUAGAACUUCCAGGUUCAUGUGCAAUCAUGGAGAAUCGAACAUUAUACAUGCAAGAAGUGAAGGCAUAAAAGCAGCAGUUGAAGUUGUUUAAGGGGUCUUAUAAUUUGCACCAGAUAACAUCUUUCUCAUGCUUUUCUUUUUCUUUCAUGAUAUACGUCACCUCUGAUGGCUGAAGAAUGUAGACAGGCAUAAUGGUAUUGCUUUUCACCAAAAUGUGUGCACCAAGGUAAACGGGUGUUUGCCUUACUUGUUUUUAUUUUGAGUUUGUGAAUUAGCUUUUUCUCCAGGUGUUUAACUCUGAAUAUUCUUCUUUUUUUUUUUUUUUUUUUUUUUGUUAUACUGCGGUAGUAUUUAUUUUUAGAGAUAAGGAUCGUAUGUGUCAUGUUUGCAAAUGCUGCUACAUCUUAGAUAGAACAGGCUUAUAGCAGUUAGUUUUGUAAUAUAUGGAAGGACUGUACAAGCUGAAGGGAAUAAUGCACUUUUCUCCCAUGUGGAAAUUUUAACAAGGCUCUGAAAUUGUACAUACUGCUUAGAAUCAGAUUUUUGUGAAUGAAACACUGUCUUAAUUCUUUGGCAAUGGAGGUGAGGAAUUCCAGCCUCAUGUGCCAAAGGGUUAGGAGCAGACAAAAAAAAAAAAAGCUACAUCUUGUGCUCCAUUGAGGAUAAAUGUAUUGUAAGGGCCUGACGGCACAAUAGCAAAUUUCUGUUCGAUAUGAAGGAAAUGCAUUUGAACAACGAGACCACAGCGAUUACAAGAAAAGCACUUUAUUUUAAUAACGAAAAUAGUAAAAUUCUAGGAUCAGCCAUUCUCAAGCAAGGUUUGCCCUCAACCAAGAGAGUCCCAAAACCCAGCAUGUUACACGUAACCGUGGUACCUGAUUGACUGAAUUUAAACCGUCACGAGAAACGCUCCACUGAUAGGAAAACGUCUUUCCAUUUCCGAAGAUCUGCAUCUAACAGAAUGUGUGCAUAAACUUUAGCUUUGAUCUUCAGCAAUGAUAAUCUUAAUAAUAAACCCUGUGGUGCUAGGAGUCGGGACAUCACGCGGCGCCGCGAUAGCCCGUGCGUGCGUGCCCUUGCUAACGGCAUCUGAAAACCCUGACUCCAUGGGAUUAUCAUUCGAAGUAUCUCUGCGGUCGGCUCUUGUUAAGCUCCCACAAAGACUGUGAUAUCGCAGAGUAUUCCUGGUUGCGCUGUGUGAAUGAGUAGAUGGGUCCGAAAGGAGAGGUGUUCCUACGCAGAUGCCUUAGCCUCUUGACGUGGAAAGUCGAGCGCCCGAGCAUGAAGCCCACUGCUGGCAGUGCAUGUGCUGGGACGGUCAAGGGGUAGACGGGCAUUUUAGCAAGGCAGCUAAAGAUGCAGACUAAUUCAGACAAUUUUUCAUGUUUCGUCUUUUAUCUUUGGGAACGGAUGGAUAAUCGGUCAGAAACGCAUCGUGAUAUGUAUUCUAACUGCAUAGGCUCUCAUUCUGUCACCUUGUAACACUAAACGCGUGUAGGGGUUAUCCCUCUACGGCGAGAGAGAGAGAGAGGAGCACAGCAAAUGCAUUGCAGGUCUGUUCUGCACCGGUAGUGUAGAGGUGUCUACACUGACGCAGCGAGUGACUGAAAUAACCGAGUAUUUAAUAGACGGGCAUUAAUUAGUUCUCUGCAAAGGCCUCGUACUUACAGACUAAAACUAUGGUGAUUCAAAAUCUGUGUUAUAUGCCUGUGUUUUUUCCCCUACAUUUUCAGCUUGUAAUAGCAAUAAGUUUCUUGACGCAGGGCACCUCUAGCUAAUGACCAGCUGGCACCGUGCCUCUGGCCAGCCGUUCCUCGCGUGCAGAAGAAACCCUGUGGUUAGCUCACCAUCGCGCAGCUAGGUAGAAUGCGGUUUGCAGUUAAUAUCCGUCAGUGAAUUAUUUGAAAACCUUUUAAGACUUCACCUUGCAUUGUACUGCCUGCCUUCCAAAGUGGCACUGAUCAAGUUUAUGCUGCAGAGAGAGUCGGCGGCCCCUUCGUGCUGCCCGGGCUUGGGGGAUUCUCUCUCUUACCAGUGUUAGAAACAAAGACGAAUGGGCAGGCGGUGCCGAGAGAAACUGCUGAAGCUCUUCUUUUGCUGUUUGCAGUUGUGGUUGGAUUUGGACAGGAGGUGGUGGCUGGUUACCUGGGCGAGCCUUUCGAGCACAGUACAUUUCAGACUUUGUCUCCAGCUUGUACUGACUUCCAUGACGUACAGUAUGCCCUCUUGUACUGCAGCCAUCGCGGAGGAAAUAGGUCAUUUCUGGUUGGAUUUUGGCAGUUUUGCACACAGCUUUGCUUUCCACACUAAUCCAUCUUCCAGUACAUUCCUGUUGCUUAAAGAAUGUUUAGCCCGGUAUUGUUUUACUUUUUAUUUUUUUUUCCCAUCUUUACUUGCGGCUUCUUAAAGCUGACUGUUCUUGCAGGGGCCAUGUGCUUCUCCUAGAGUACAAAAGUAAGGUCUUUCCUUACUAACUGCAGGGUCUAUAUAUUACACCUCAAUGUACACACUUUGCUGCUACUGUUUGUACUGUCUACAGUAGAAUUUCCUUAUCUUGCUCCUGGUAGUGCAUUACAGGCAAGCAUGAAAUGUAAAGUAUUUAUUUAAAUAAAAACCUCUAAAUUGGUAAUUGAAUUACCUCCCUGUAGCUUUAGAGUUUGUGACAUUUCUUGACCUUGCUAGUUCUUUCAUUAGAUCCAUGCAAGAUCUAGUCAUAUGGUUAAGGAUAUUAAGCAGACACAACUAUGAACCCAAGAAACCGUAUUACUGUUGGUCAUACUUAAACUGUUUAUUUCCUUAAGUAUAUGACCCACAAGGAUGUGAAAUAACUACAAGAAACUGUUUUUGUACACUGUACAUCCUUAGUAUUUUUACACAUAUAUGAUAGGGAUGCACAUUAUUUUCCUUCGUACAGACAGCUUAAAUAAAGCACUAUGUCAAUCUGCUACUUCUGUGUUUUUUAAUGCUAAUUUGUUCUGGAGGUUUGUAAAUAUAUAUAUAUAUAUAUGUUCAAGCUUGCCACAAAGGACGUAUUUUUUUAUAUCUGCACAUUACUGUUAAAUAUCUUAGAGGAGAAAAGUCCUAAGUUAUUCCGUGUCAGAGAAAGAAAAACUGAAAUGAGAAGGCUAUAUUGCAGAUGACAAAAGAUUUCUCAAGUUUUGGGUUAAAUAUUUACUUCAUAUUUUAAAGUAAUUUUAUAUAGGUUAGAUAUUUCAAUCCUGAAAUGCACAAAGAAUUUACUUAAUUUCUUCUUACAAGAAAAUGUACAUCGUUAUUUUUUUAUCACUGUAUAUAUAAUGAUCUGUGCAUGUUUAGUUACAAGUUUUAUUUGCUGUGAAGUACUAGUGAUAACUGUAACUUGCUGUGACGUAUUUCAAAUACUGGGUGAUCAGUUUCAGCUUGUAAAUUCUUAAGUUACAGUAUUGUCAAAAAAAAAAAAAAGUUUUUAUGACUAAGCAAGAUGUAUCUGUGCUUUGGACCGAGGCUGUUUCCAUGCAGGUGGUUCAUGUUAAUGCUCUGAGGUGUAUGAUGUCACUUGUAAAAGUAAAUUUGGGUUACACUUUUCAAUGAUUACACAGGGCUACGUUCCUGAGAGAACCCCCAUGAUUUAAGUGAUUUGUCAUCUAAUGAAAUGCAUAGCCUCACAUCCCAGAGCUAGGUAACGUGUUAGGGUAAGGAGAGGCAGAAAUGGGAAGGUGGGCUAUGCAGGGCACCUCAGAGUGGGACUCUUUGAAGCCCACAAGCUGGUCCAGGGCUGUUUGAACCAGCGGUCAGAAGGGCUGAGUGUCCCUAGAGCAGCCGGUCAUCUGGGAUUUAGCUCAGUUCUCAGACAUGAACGCUUCUCUGGAAUAGAGGUGCUUCAUCCAGGGCUCAGGUUUUUUUUCCUUUUUCUUUUUUUUUUUUUCCUCCUUUUCUUCCCUUUUUUUUUUCCUCCCCUACCUUGUAAUAGGAAAGAACAUGAGACAGAUGGACAAACUGCCAUUAGCUCAGUGGUAUUAGGAGAGCAGCGACCAGGACUUGGCUGCGGCAGCAGCAGGAGUGUGGUCAAGCUGCAUCCUGCGUUGCGGGAUCAGGCUCUGGCUGCGGACGUGGGAUUUCCUGGGUUAGAUUGCCUUCUAAACUUUGUAAAACUACACAUUUUGUGCCUAAGUAGAAGAGGGGGUGGGGGGGGCCAUGAGCCAGGUAGACCUGGUGCUGUCUGUGCUUAAUGACUAAUUAAUUGCUGCAACGUAGAGUAGCUGCUGCAGGGAAAUUGAUUCCUUUUAGACUCCUGGCAACAUAAUGAAUUGAGCCGAUGCCUGGGAUGAGCAUAACCCCCGCCUUCCGGCUGCAUAUACUGGCAGCCCAGGAUGCUUUGUUGAACUCCACGCUGUAGGUGCACGGGGGGAGGCAGGCAGCGGUGCUCUGCACCCAGCACCAGGAGCCACCCAGAGCAGGUCCAGAAAGGUUGAGGGUCUGGCUGUGCCUCAGGCCGGGGCAGCGCCGGGAUCUCAGUGAAGCCUCCGUGUUGGGACUAGGUGCCCCAGUUCCUUUGCGCGUGUAGCCUAUAGGCACUUUCUCCUAUUGAAAUAGAGACUUACUUAUACUGUGGAAUAAUAAAAAAUAAAUGAGAAAAAAAAAGUUUGCAUAUUCCUACAUUUAUCAGUGUAUAUUCUUACCUGUGUAACCAUCUAUAAAGUAGUAACACUUAAAAAUUUGUCAGCCUGAUCAGUGUGGAAAACUCAGAGUUCAACUGGAGAGGACUUCACCAGGCUUUCCUGUCCCUGAAGACUUGAGGCCACUUUAAGCAUGUUCACUGUCAUACUGGUGAAGCCGUUCAGGGAGGCGAUCAGCUGGGUUUGGCAGUUUAAUAUGGCAGGAAAUUGAAAUAGGAAAGAACACUUUGAUGUUGGGGAUGUACCGCUAGUAAUUCUUAAAAUACAAGGGAAGAAAAGACUGUGUCCCACAGCAAAUGUAACUUACUGCAUGUGUUGUUACUCUUAUUUUUGUUACAUUUUAUGUGUUCAUGUUGGUGGAGGUAGCUUUAUUAACCGGGAACUGUGUUUUGCACUUUUGUCCCCCUUUACUAGUGCAAUUCUACAACUACAGUGCAGCUAAUACAUGUAGAAACUUUUUUUUCUUAUGUACAUAGUUUAUCCUACACUAGUUAGCAAAAGAUUCAGAUAAAUUCUUUCUGAAAUAGUCUGGUAUUUGGAAAGUAACUUUCAAAGACAGAAGUGCGCAGUUAACCAGAAAAAAGCCCUCCAACUCUAUCCUCCAAAUGUUUGGAGUUCAGUAAUUUGAAGCCAAGCCCAGCUGGUGCCCAGCCCUGAGAGCGCUGAGGCUUUGCUGGUGGGGAAGUCUGGCAGCACCGCUGCAGUGCUGAGAGCCGAGCACCUCGCUUAAAGGCUGAUCUGGACUGACUAAGGGUUCCUUUCGCUGAAAGGCUUUACCCAGUGAACGGUUUGCAGGGAAACCCGCCCCAUGGAAAUUCUUCCACAUUAUAUGGAAUAUUUCUCAACCAUUCUUACGCUUUUCUGAUGGAUAAGUAGUUGUUGGGACUCUCACUUUUGCAUAACAAGUGAGAAGAAAUACCUUGUACAAAUAAAGCUGCCAGGUAGAUUCUGGUGAUGAGCUUCUGAACAGGGGCAGGGCUUACCAACAGUCCCCUUCUCCCUCCUCCCCAUGUACACACUUUCCCUUGAAUUCAGAAGGACAGAAGGAGGAAAAUAAGAAUCCAAUUAAGUUUAUUGGUAUUUCAGUCUGUAAAUAAGACAUCUACGUUCAAUUAUAAAAAUAGAGAAAAA